AUGCAGCUGUCUCCCCGCCCCGACCCUCAGCGCAGCAGAGCACCAGUGCAGCUGUGCACGCUGCGGUUCAACCUGGAUCCGUUCAGCGAGCGCAGUGACAGCGAGGUGUGGGAGGCGCUGGGCAGGGCGCACCUGAGGGAGGUGGUAUCUCGCAUGCCGCUGGGGCUGGACACAGAGCAUCCUGGUGCUGCCCUUUCCCCCCUUCCAACCCCCCAUACUCCCCCUCCUUUCUCCUGCCACGCAUUCAUGUGGCAGAGGGAGGAAAAAAAUCCAGUGUGGGGCAGAUGCAAGCUGAUCAGCCUGGCACGGGCACUGAUGAAGGAGGGGCUGAAAAUGGCAAGAGCUGGAUUCUCGCAUUUCACUCCACUCCCCUUGCAGGUGGCAGAGGGGGGGGAGAACUUCAGCGUGGGGCAGCGGCAGCUGAUCAGCCUUGCACGGGCGAGUGCUCAAGGAGUCUCGCAUUCUUGUGCUGCCCUUCCCCCAGUCCGACCUGACCCCCAUAAUCCCCUGCUUUCUCCUGCCACACAUGCAGAGGGAGGGGAGAACUUCAGCGUGGGGCAGAGGCAGCUGAUCAGCCUGGCACGGGCGCUGCUGAAGGAGUCGCGCAUUCUGGUGCUGGAUGAAGCGACGGCAGCCGUUGAUGUGGGCACGGAUGCGCUGAUCCAACGGACGGUGCGCGGGGAGUUCAAGGGGCGCACCAUGCUGACCAUCGCCCACCGGCUCAACACCAUCAUGGAUAGCGACCGGAUUCUGGUCAUGGAUGCCGGCAUGGCCCUGGAGUACGACACGCCAGCCAACCUGGUGUUGAAUGAAGGGAGCGUCUUCGCAGCGAUGGUGCGUAGUACGGGGCCGCAGACCGCCAAGUAUCUGCGCAGUGUGGCGCUGGGGGAGGUGGCGCUAGCAGACGAGCUUGCCGGCCGGGCGGCGGCGCAGGAGAAGCAGAUGGCGCGCGAGGCGGCCAAGUGGCGGUGGGCCACUGCCGCCCAGUGGGCUCUGGCUCUCACGCUCACGUCUUCCCAGCGAGAUUUGCAGGUGCUCGCGUGCCUCUCACUUGCAGAGUGGCGGAGGGCCACUGCCGCCCAGUGGGCCCUCGCUCUCACGCGCACGUCCUCACAGCGGGACCUGCAGGCCAUGUGCAACGACAGUGAGGGGGAGGAGGGAGAGAGCGACGCACUUGUGGCCGUCGCACGACCGCCAACCUUCCAGAGAGUUGUGCUAGAAGAGACAAGGGAUGCCGCCCAGGUGCUGCAGGCAGUGCUGUCGGGGCAGCGCAGCGAGGAGAUCUCGUCAGCGCUGACGAGGCGACAGCUGUCGGAAGACAAGUGGUGGACGGCUGUCAGCCGCGUGGUGCAGGGCCUAGCCCUCAUGGCGAAGCAGGUGCAGGCGAAGCUCGAGGCGAACGGCAGUUUGGCCCUCAUGGCGAAGCAGGUGCAGGCGAAGCUCGAGGCGGAUGGCAGUCUGCGGGACUCCGCCAGCUCAGCAGGGGCGGCUGCGGGCGGCAGGUGGGCGCAGCUAGCAGCAACGGGGGAGGAGAUGGCGGGCGGCAGAGUGGUGUGA